GCUGUUAAUGGGCUUGAGUAAUUGCUCCUGAUAGGCAUUUGAUUACAUUAUCAAAGAGCUGGGGUCUGAAAAUAUCAGAAUCAACAUUAUUGCGCAAAGCAGUGGUGGGAAGAAGUUGUGCUGCAGUGUUUAGCUUUAGUAGUGGUGCAUGAAACGUCUGUCAACGUAGCUAGCCAGUUUGGUUGAUGUUUAAUCUUAGCAGGUUAUUUUUUGCUCUGUAAACGGCAGCAUAAAUGUACUUGUGCACGUUUCUGCACAGUCGACGCGUUCCAGUCCACUCCAUAGACUUAUUUAUGCUUGCGCACCGUAGCCGGUCAGUCGGCUAUACCGUUGGAUUAACAAAGUUAUGCAUGCUAGUUAGCUCCCUGGGCUAACUUGAAAACAUUGUAGCUUUUGAAGCGUACAAUUCACGUUACACUUAACUAACGUUACUGUUCAGCGUCAGAAAAGUUACAAUAGUGCGAAUAAACUUAUCUUGAGUACCAGGCAUAACGAAGUGAGUGCGCAAAGCGCUCUAUGAGUCGAAUGUAAACAAUGGCAGUUACAUAAUGUCUGUAAUUUAGUUGGUUAAUCUUUUAAUCUAAAGAAGACGACGUAUUUUCCAUGUUGGUGCCCUACUGAGGUCUGACGGUAAACAGAAGCCUACUUCAUGUGUUCGGUGAUGUUCUCUUGCAGAUGUGUGCUAAAUGAAGUCAAGAGAAGACGUGCUGGUCCACGGGAUAAGUGCUAACAUGUCUCUUAUCUUUUCGAGCUUUUCAUGACCCGUAUCAGGGGAAAGCCAUCUGAAAGGGACAUCAGUUCUCUCACGUACACUCUGUCCUGCUGAGUGAAGACGUUUCAUAAGACUGUGAAGCGUAUUCCUCUGGGUUGCAUAUUUGACGAGAAGCCCCUUUGUUAACCCCGAAAAGUCCUUUCGUCCACGGGAAAAUGUCCCGACAGAACUCCCUUAUGGCCGCAAUGGCCACUGUGCUUGGAGCAACACUAGGAGGCCUGGUCCUGUGGCGGAGCUUCCUCACACAGAGAAAGAGGCUGACACAGGGCCCAUCUUCAUCUGCUGCUUUGGAAACCCAACAAACGCAACCACUACAAGAGAAGAAGCUGCAGCAGCAACCACAGAAACAAAAGCAGCCGCAAGAAUCUCCCCAGUGUCCCACAGUGGAACCGGAUUCGACCCAGGUGGUGCCUCAGGGUCCGCAGCUUCCCUCACCUCCUCCGCCCUCACCUCCGCCUGCAUCGCUUGCCUCUCCGAAAUCUCUUCUGGACGUGACGCCAGCGGUGGUGAGCUCUGCUGAGGAGUGGGAGACCCUGUGGCCCUCGCUGCAGCAAGACCUGCUGGUCUACCCCGUCCUGGGGCUGGACUGUGAAUGGGUAAAGGGCAUGCGUGUGUCGGUGAAGGGCAAGCCCUCUACCGUCUCGUUGCUGCAGAUGGCCACCUACACGGGCCAGUGCGCUCUGGUGCGGCUGCAGCUCUUUCGGGAUGCCCUCCUGCCUUCAACACUGGUGGAAGUCCUGAGUGACCUGCAUGUGCUGAAGGUCGGAGUGGGCUGCUUCGAAGAUGGCAAGCGCCUGGCCCAUGACCAUGGCUUGGUGCUGCGCUGCACUGUGGACUUGCGUUUCUUGGCUCAGAGACAGAGGCAUGUAUCACUAACGAAUGGCCUGAGCCUCAAGUCACUAGCUUCAGACCUGCUCGACAUCACCCUGGACAAAUCCCUGGACCUGCGUUGUAGUGACUGGGAAGCGGACCAGCUGAGUCCAGAGCAGGUGAAAUAUGCAGCGCGUGAUGCCCAGGUAUCAGCGGCCCUCUUUUUCCACCUGCUCAGCUCUCCCACCGGCCCCACUAAGAGCUCCGCAGACCCGAGCCCAGCCCCUUCAGAGGGAGGGAGUGCCUACUCCCGGCUGGCUGCCAGAUGCCAGGGGCUGCUGGAUGUGCCCUUCCGGGGCCGCCACACGCCGGGGAGCCUGGACGGGGAGCGCAGGAGAACCAGCAGCAGCAAGAAGCUAUCUGUGGACAGCCCCGAUUCUGGGGACCAGCGCGUGCCGGACCCUCGCAAGAACAAGAGAAAACCACUGGGGGUCGGAUAUUCCGCUAGGAAGUCCCCUCUGUAUGACAACUGUUUUCUUCAUGCCCCUGAUGGUCAGCCUCUGUGCACAUGUGACAAGAAGAAGGCCAAAUGGUAUCUGGACAAAGGCAUUGGAGAGCUGCAGAGUGAGGACCCCUUCAUCGUGCGUCUGCUGUUUGAGCCGUCUGGACGUCCAGAGACUCAGCAAGACUAUUACCUCACAGCCAAACAGAACCUCUGUGUUGUGUGUGGCAAAGCAGACUCUUACAUCAGGAAGAACAUCGUUCCCCACGAGUACCGCCGCUACUUCCCGGCCGAGAUGAAGGACCACAACUGCCACGACAUCCUGCUGCUGUGCACGGCGUGCCACGCGGCGUCCUGCACCUACGACGGUCAGCUCAAGCAGCAGCUGGCGCAGGACCACGGUGCGCCGCAGGGCUGCGAGGAGGGCGUGCGCCUCCUGGAGGACUCUGAGCGCCGGCGCGUUCGCUCGGCCGCCCGGGCCUUACUCACGGCCCGCGACGGCCUCCCCCAGGCGCGCCGCACUGAGCUGCUGCUCCUCAUCGCCUCCUACAUGCAGCAGGACGGCGAACAGGUUGCCGAGGUCACGCAGGACAUGCUGCAGAAGGCGGCCGGACUGGAGACCAGGAUCUUUAACGAGGGGUACGUGCCCCACGGGCUAAAGGUGGUCGGGGCAUACGCCAAGAGCGGCCUGCGUGGCCUGAUGGAGCUGGAGCGCCUCUGGCGCCAGCACUUCCUGUCCAGCAUGAGGCCCCGCUUCCUCCCACCACUGUGGUCGGUCAGCCACAACCACGACAAGUACCUGCGCAAGUACGGCGAGGACCUGGUCAUCGAGCUGAGCACAGCGCCCGGCUCCCCGCAGCCCUCCUCGCCGCCCUCCACCCCACCCGAGGCCCAGUGACCACCCCCCUCCUCACGCCUGCGUGUGAGGCGUCCUUUCGUCUCGCCUGGUUUCCUCUCCCUCACACAUCGGUCCGAGGCGGGAGGAAUCCCACCCUCUACUGGUGCUACCUUGCGUGAGCACCUGACUUGAGGGAUAGUGAGAGAUGGACUCUACAAAAUCAGACACUAAAAUGGGAUUCCCAGGAGAGUGUGUACGGACCUCAGAAAGACUGGAAGCUGGAAGUGUUUACGGAGCACAAGUCAGAGGGCAGUAAACAGAGAAGAUGUUUGGUGUUGCUCAUAUAUAUGAUUCUUUUGAGCUAUAUGUGAAGAAAAAUCCACCUAUCAUUGUAAGUCAAGUAAGUUAUUUUAAAAAGCCAUAAGCCUGCUCUUAAAUAUAUUAUUUAACUUAAAUUAUUAAUUCCCUGUAGGCUUAUGGCCCUAAACAUUUAUAUACCUUAAACAAACAAAAAAAAAAAAAACACAUGAAUUGCACGAGAACUGCACAACAGCUC